AUCUCCAUCACCAAACCAUUCUUCUCUUCUUCGAUUUCCAGUGAAAAUCGGAAAAAAGUCUCAAUCUUUCUUUCUGGGUUUCUUCUUUAUCAAACAAUGUUUCACUAAACUCUCUGCUUUCGUGAAGUCAGAAUAAAAGAUCAUGAACCUCACAAGCUUGAGCAAGAAUGCUAAUUCCACAUCAACAACAGUAACUGUAUCUUCAAUACAGAAAUUCCCGUUUCUGUCUUUGUCUGAAUCGUUGCCUUGUCCGAAGAUUUCGAAAAAACCCAAUUUUCUUCCUUUAAGAUGUAGACGGAGACCAAAGUUGGAUUUGCUCUGGGGAAAAUUUAGAGUUCGUGCAUCAGAUGCUGGUGUUGGAUCUGGGAGCUAUAGUGGUGGAGAAGAAGAUGGAUCUCAAAGUAGUUCUCUUGAUCAAUCUCCUGCUAGUUCAUCAGAAAGCUUAAAACCUCGAGGGCCAUUUCCUUAUUCUUUGUCAAUAGCUCUUGUACUACUGAGUUGCGGUUUGGUAUUUUCUCUAAUCACUUUUGUGAAAGGAGGACCAUCUUCAGUUCUAGCAGCAGUAGCAAAGUCAGGUUUCACAGCAGCCUUCUCACUGAUAUUUGUUUCUGAGAUUGGAGAUAAGACAUUUUUCAUUGCUGCUUUGUUGGCCAUGCAGUAUGAGAAAACACUGGUCCUUUUAGGUUCAAUGGGAGCUUUAUCUUUAAUGACUAUCUUAUCAGUUGUUAUUGGGAAGAUAUUUCAGUCCGUGCCUGCUCAGUUCCAGACGACACUACCGAUUGGAGAAUAUGCUGCAAUUUCGCUUCUUAUGUUCUUUGGAUUGAAAUCCAUUAAGGAUGCAUGGGAUCUUCCACCGGUGGAAGCCAAGAAUGGUGAGGAAACUGGUAUAGAACUUGGUGAAUACUCUGAAGCUGAGGAACUCGUGAAAGAAAAGGCGUCCAAAAAGCUCACAAACCCACUUGAAAUCCUCUGGAAAUCAUUCAGCCUCGUGUUCUUUGCGGAAUGGGGAGACCGAUCAAUGCUUGCUACUGUUGCGCUUGGUGCUGCACAGUCUCCAUUGGGAGUUGCGAGCGGCGCUAUUGCUGGACACUUAGUUGCAACAGUGCUUGCAAUCAUGGGUGGCGCGUUCCUUGCCAACUAUAUAUCUGAGAAACUGGUGGGCUAUGUGGGUGGAGCUCUCUUCUUAGUUUUUGCUGCAGCCACAUUCUUUGGAGUGUUCUAAGCUGAGUGAACGGUGUUUCAACCGGCGAGUCACAAGCCUUCCAAUAUUCUUAUUCUUACUUCUAUUGUCGGAAUAGCGUGAGAGCAAUAAACCAGACCCUUGUCA